AUGAAGGCUCACAAUAUUCUGAUAAGGGUUACUCUCGCCCUAACCAUUUUGAUCACUUUUAGUCAGUCCAAUGCAGAACAAACACAGCCCUUGUCAAAAAUCCUGAAAAUCGAUCUCUUUCUUGAACAAAUUGAUCAGUGGAGUCAUCAUCAGAUGCAAUUCCAAGAAACAAAACUGAAACUAGCACCCUCUAUGGUGCUUACAGGAGCUUUCUGUUUCAUGGCUGCCUUUAUAUCUAGUGCAGGUGGUCUUGGCGGAGGAGGGUUGUAUAUUCCCAUACUGACAAUAGUGGCAGGUCUAGACCUGAAAUCAGCCACAAGUUUCACAGCUUUAAUGGUCUCAUGUGGGUCUUUUGCUACUGUCAUGUGUAACUUGCUUAUAAAAAAUCCCAAUUUUGGUGGUAAGAGCUUGAUAGACUAUGAUAUGACUCUUCUGUCAGAACCAAGCUUGUUACUAGGAGUUAGUGUUGGGGUUAUCUGUAAUCUUGUUUUCCCAGAGUGGCUUAUCACAAUUUUGUUUGCUUUUUUUCUUGCUUGGUCUACCUUUAAGACUUAUAAGAAAGGUGUUUCUCGUUGGAGACUGGAAUCAGAAGAAGCACAGGAGAGAAAUGAGUGUGGGAAUUUUGAGAGUGGGAGUACUAGUAUUAAUGGAACUGAACAGGUAAAGAUUGUCAAAGAGCCUCUUAUGGGGAAUUAUACCAAUGGAGCCAUGUGGAUUGGCAUACUGGGUUGUCUCAUCUCUCCAAAUUCCUCUAGCAAUAAUUUUCACAGCUUGGAUACUAUACAGAGACGAGAGCAGCUGACUUCAAACGAUAAACUUACAGGUAUGUUGGCAGGACUUUUUGGUAUUGGAGGUGGAAUGUUCAUUAGCCCACUUCUGCUUCAUGUUGGCAUGGCACCUGAGAUAACUGCAGCAACUUGCUCGUUCAUAGUUUUCUUUACAUCUACCAUGUCAGCAUUUGAGUAUCUAUUGUUGGGCAUGGAACAAGUUGAUGUCGCCAUCAUCUUUGCCGUCAUUUGUUUUGUUGCAUCACUUCUUGGGCUGCUGGUGGUGCGGAAGGCCAUAGUAGAAUAUGGCAGGGCUUCCAUGAUUGUAUUCUCAGUUAGUACAGUAAUGGCUUUGAGUACUGUUCUGAUGAGCAGCUUUGGAACUCUUCAGUUGGUCUCCAUAUACCAUGCUACAGAACAAGGAACUGUCGGAGAUGGUUGUGAGAUUCUCACUGUUGGGAUUGAUGAUUCAUGGAGACCCCUCACAAUGCCGAGGUUAGAAAAUGUUGAUAAAAAACAUAAGAAGAUAUCAGUUGUUGCCGCAGGUGAGGUUGUUCACUGCAUCAAGGAAAGCAAGAUUGGUUCCAAAAUUUGUCGAGAAAUUGUAUCUCUUGAUUUAGAGAGUGAAAGCUUCACUUAUGCUGCACUACCGUAA